UCUAUGGAAAAUGGCUCAGAGGUUAAUGAGUUCAUUUUUCUGGGACUAACAGAUGCCCCAGAGCUUCAGAUACCACUCUUUAUAAUAGUCACCCUCAUCUACAUCAUCACACUGGUGGGGAACCUGGGGAUGAUAGCCCUGAUCUUUUGGAACUCCCAUCUCCACACUCCUAUGUACUUCUUUCUCAGUAACCUAUCUUUGGUGGAUUUUGGCUACUCCUCAGCUGUUACUCCCAAGGUGAUGGCUGGGCUCCUCACAGGAGACAAGGUCAUCUCCUACAAUGGAUGUGCUACACAGUUGUUUUUCUUUGCAACAUUUACCACUGUUGAAAGUUUCUUCUUGGCUUCCAUGGCCUAUGAUCGUCAUGUGGCUGUUUGCAAACCUCUAUAUUAUACCAUGACAAUGACAUCAGGUGUGUGCACACGUCUAGCUGUUGGUUCCUAUGUCUGGGGCUUUCUGACCUCUUCUGUGAGUGUAGGAGAUACCUUUACUCUUUCUUUCUGUGGUUCCAAUAUAGUUCAUCACUUUUUUUGUGAUAUUCCCCCUCUUCUGGCUCUCUCCUGCUCUGAUAUAUACAUAAAUGAGUGGGUGCUCUUUAUAUUAGGGGGAUUCAAUAUCUCCUUUGCCCUCAUGGUCAUCUUCACCUCUUACGUGUUUGUCCUCAUUGCCAUUCUGAAAAUCCGGUCUGCUGAGGGCCGCCAGAAAGCCUUCUCCACCUGUGCUUCCCACCUCACAGCAGUGUCCAUAUUCUAUGGGACGAUCAUCUUCAUGUACCUGCAACCCAGCUCUAGUCACUCCAUGGACAUAGACAAAAUGGCAUCUGUGUUCUAUACUAUGAUUAUUCCAAUGCUGAACCCUCUGGUCUAUAGUUUGAGGAACAAGGAAGUCAAGAAUGCUUUCAAGAAAAGCAUCAGCUCCUCCUUCCUGUGCAUCACAUCUCUACUUCUCCAUGUUACUCCUCCAUGUAUCUCACUCUAG